GACUUAGCCAGCCCAGCCGACUUAGGGGCUGCUCUGGGCCAGGCCGGUAUAAAUGCGCCAAGGGAGAACAUUUGGGCAUCAUUCGAUUUCUGAUUUUGCAACGAAGACGUCGUCGGCUAAGUAAUAUCGUGUGCGGUUCCUCAGCGAAACCGGUAACAGUUUUCAAUUCGCGCUUUGUGAUAUUUUUCGUUGGGAAAACUCGGAAAAUCCGAGAAAUGCGUUGUUGCUUUGUGCCGCUGGUGGUUCUGCUCUUGGUAGCAGGCAUCCGGGCGGAUGUCUCCCACCUGGACACGGAUCUCCAGGAGGAUGGCUACCAUUACAAGCAGCCUUCGGUGCCGUUUCCGCCUCCGGGAUCGGGCAACGGCAUUGAGGACUCGGGCAUAGGAUCGGGUCCUGCUCCCUCGGCUCCGGCUCCUUCGUACGGCCCGCCUCAGACGCAGCCACCACGUCCUCCGCCACAGCCCACGCCUCCGGCUCCUUCAUACGGACCUCCCCAGACGCAGCCACCUCGUCCUCCGCCGCAGCCCACGCCUCCGGCUCCUUCAUACGGACCUCCCCAGACGCAGCCACCACGUCCGCAACCGCAGCCGACGCCUCCGGCUCCUUCUUACGGACCUCCUCAGACGCUGCCACCUCGUCCUCCGCCGCAGCCUACGCCCCCAGCUCCUUCCUACGGACCACCACAAACUUCUCCCCCACGUCCGCCACCGCAACCAACGCCUCCUUCGGGUCAGCCCGGGCAGGAGUAUCUGCCCCCGGAUCAGCCCAGGCCACGACCAACUCCCUCGCGUCCCCAGCCUCCUCCACCACCACCACCAUCAAGGCCUCAGCCUACUCCCGGGUACGGACCACCACCUGCUCCCCCAGCACCACCCGCACCGACUCCUUCCUACGGACCCCCACCUAGCCAGCCGCCACCACCAAGGCCGCAGCCACCAAGUCCUCAGCCACCACGUCCUCAGCCUCCUAGUCCACCGGCACCACGUCCUACGCCUGGAAACGAGUACCUGCCUCCCCCAGGAGAGAACGAAGUGACUCCGGCUCUGCCGCAGCCUACUGCUCCGGCUCCAUCUUACGGACCACCGCCGUCUUCGCCGCCAGCCCCACCGCCAGGACCUACCUAUCAGCCACGUCCGCCAACCCCACCUGCACCACCAGCACCCACCUACCAGCCACGCCCUCCAACACCGCCUGCACCACCAGCACCUACCUACCAGCCUCGUCCUCCAGCACCUCCGGCUCCCACUUACCAGCCACUGCCACCCGCACCUACACCACCAGCACCCACCUAUCAGCCCCGCCCGCCCGCACCACCGGCACCUACUCAGGAGUACGGACCCCCACCCACCAGCGGUGGCGACGAGGCGGGAUCCCUGGGACCCGACGGCUACAACUACAACAAGCCUGCCAAGCCCUUCACCUUCUAGAGGAUCGGCAAAUACUCUUUAGCCACUUUAGUCCUGUGAAUCACUCAGUCCCUGAACCCCAAAAACAUCAAAGAACGAAUAUUUUUCCAAAUAAAAAACAAACAAAAACUUAAUUGAAAAACCAAAUUCAAAACUGGAUACGUCACUCACUCGGGGGAUUCGUUGGUGGGUCAAUGUUCCAUCGAACUGACCUUCUGGGGCGUCACUUCUGACAACCACAUGCAGAGAAAAAAAUGCAACCGAAGUAGAUGUAAGCGUUACAUUAUUAUUCAAAAUGUAUUACGACCAUUAAAUACAAAGUUUCAGAUUGUU